AUGCACUCCCAGGAGGUUGUGGCUUUCAACGAGAUCAGGGUGACAAUUGUAGAAAAGGUGCUGAAGUUAACGUUUAUGGUGAAAUUUAUGUUGACACUUUUCCAUGUUGAAUAUGUUGUGACAGGUGCGGGGCCGCGUUGGAUAGAGUUGGUGUUCAACAAGCGAGAGUGCAUCAAGUUCAUCCCCAGCAGCAAGGAUAACGCCAGAUGUUGCUGUGGGCAGCUGUGGCAGUUCCACCGUGAUGGCUCUCCGGCAACUCUGCGCCAGAGCCAGGAGCUUCACUGGAGCCCCUCCCGACACACACAGCUACAGCCAACAGAUGCAUAUGGGACUCUGGAGUUUCAGGGGGGUGCACAUCCUACCAAAGCACAGUACAUACGGCUGGCCCAUGACACGAGACCUGAACACAUCCUCCAGCUACUUACUGGAGAAUGGGGUCUGGAUUUACCAAAGUUACUGAUAACGGUACAGGGAGGCAAGACUAAUUUUGACCUCCAACCCAAACUGAAAAAGGUCAUCAGAAAGGGCUUACUGAAGGCUGCAAAAACCACUGGUGCUUGGGUGUUCACUGCUGGCACAAACACGGGUGUUUCUCGACAUAUGGGUGUCACAAGGCAUGUUGGUGAAGCCCUUGUGUCUGAAAGUUCCCUCCGAGUGCGUGGGGGCCGCGUUGUCAGUGUCGGGAUUGCUCCUUGGGGUAUAAUUGAAAGACGCCAGGAUUUGAUUGGGCGCAAUAAAGAUGUUCCUUACAUUCCCAUCAAUGCACCAAAGUCAAGAUUUGUGGCGCUCAAUAGCCACCAUACCUUCUUCCUAUUAGUUGAUAAUGGAACCAUUGGGAAAUAUGGCCCAGAACUGAUCCUUCGUAGAAAAUUAGAGAACUAUAUUUCAAAGCAAAGGAUUGAAGCCCGUGGUGGACUAGCAACUCCUGUGGUAUGUGUGGUCAUAGAAGGAGGUCCACAGACCAUCAGACAAGUCUUGGAAUAUGUCACAGAUUCUCCUCCAGUCCCUGUCAUUGUUUGUGAUGGAACAGGAAGAGCAGCUGAUAUCCUCGCCUUUGUUCACAAAUAUGCCUCUUCUGGUCUAAAUCUAAUUGAGGCAAAUAGAGAUACCAUUAUUCUAACUCUGGAGAGAGUUUUUGAAAUUAGACCAUCACAGGCAGAAAAACUUUUCACAGAGGUGCUGCAAUGUGUUCGCAAAAGGGAUCUAAUUACUGUGUUCCGUCUGAAAGAGGGAUGUGAAUUAGAUCAGAGCAUAUUGUCUGCUCUUCUGCAUGCUCAAAGACUUAACCCACCAGAACAGUUAUCUUUGGCUCUAACCUGGAACAGAGUGGACAUUGCGAGAUCGCAUGUAUUUAAUGAAGAUGUUGAGUGGCCAGAAGGUUCCUUAGAACAAGCCAUGAUGGACGCUUUGGUAAAUGAUCGGAUUGAGUUUGUCAAGCUUCUGCUGGAGCAAGGUGUCACCAUGAGCAAAUUCCUCACCAUCCAGAGAUUAGAGGAGCUCUAUAACUCGAAACAAGGACCAGCUAACACUCUCCGAUACAUUAUCAGAGAUGUGAAAAAGAACAUACCUCGAGACUACAGAUACACUCUGAUAGACAUUGGGCUUGUUAUAAACAAGCUAAUGGGUGGUGCUUACAGGUCUUUCUACUCGCGGAAAAAGUUUAGAACCUGUUAUGAAAAUAGCAUGGCCAGGUCACCACGGCUUCAGCGGAUAAAUAGCCACAUCUUCCACAACAGCAAAAGCCUUCUCCAGAAAUCUUCCACUUCCCCUAAGUCUUUUAACAACCUAACAGAUUUGCAGUCAGACUUUGAGUUUGAAUAUCCAUUCAGUGAGUUGCUGGUUUGGGCUGUCCUGACCAAGAGACAAGGCAUGGCAAUGCUGAUGUGGCAGCAUGGGGAGGAAGCCACAGCAAAGGCUCUUGUGGCUGCCAAGCUGUACAAGGCUCUGGCACAUGAGGCAGCUGAUGAUGAUCUAGAAACAGAAGUGUAUGAGGAGCUUAGAAGUUAUGCCAAAGAAUUUGAGGCUCUAGCUCUACAUGUGCUAGACUACUGUUAUCAACAAGAUGACGACCGUGCCCAGCAGCUUCUAACAUAUGAACUAAGGAAUUGGUCCAAACAAACGUGCCUUUCUUUAGCUGUGGCUGUCAACCACAGAGCUCUCCUUUCACAUCCAUGUUGCCAGAUUCUUCUUGCAGACCUCUGGCUUGGGGGUUUGAGAACAAGAAAAAACACUAAUGUCAAGGUAAUGUUAGGCCUACUCUGUCCACCACUGAUCCUAGUCCUGGGGUUCAGGAGCCGGGAAGAGCUCAAGACCAUGCCACAGACACGUGAGGAACACCAAGAAGAAGAUCCUCUGAGGUCGUCUGAUUCCGAGAGCGACACAGAUUCAGAUGAGGAAAACAUGGACAUGAGGAAUGACCAUGAUCCAGAGACUGGUCGACCAGCUAGUGUCACCAGCACAGAGAUGGAGGAAAUGGAAGGGGAGUAUAAUGUUGAUGCAAAGGCACAGCUGGUCCACUCUGUGUCGCUUGUCUCACACCCCGUCACCCCAACCCUCCAGGCUGAGGCUCCUCUGUGCAACAGCAGUAAUGCAGCACAGCUUUCAAGUGCUUGCUUAUCACCACCAGCAUCAGAGGCACCAACUACAGUGGAUGGAAAUGACACAACUGUGAGACAAAAUGGGGCUUCCAUGGGUCACUUGUCUGUCCUUGACUCAACGGUUUUCACAGAUCUACACUCAAAACAGCUGCCAGCUAGAACAAAGUUUUAUGAGUUCUACAAUGCUCCUAUUAGCAAAUUUUGGGCUCAUUCUAUGGCCUAUGUAUUCUUCCUGUGUUUAUAUACCUAUCUUGUGCUAGUUAAAUUGCCAAAGCAGCCACAGUGGAUGGAAUGGUAUGUUGUUGCUUACAUCUCCACACUUCUGUUAGAGAAGAUCAGAGAGAUACUGUCAACAGAACCAGUUGAACUCAAGCAGAAAAUAGCAGUAUGGUCAGACAAACUCUGGAAUGUCUUUGACCUCAUAUUUACAAUACUUUUCUUGAUCGGCCUGUGUUUAAGGCUCCAAGAACAAACCAUGCAAGCUGGACGUGUCAUUUAUUGCGUUGACAUAAUAUACUGGUACUUAAGAGUUCUAGAGAUCUUGUCAGCUAAUAAAUACCUGGGUCCACUUGUGAUGAUGAUGGGGAAGAUGAUAAAAAACAUGGCAUAUUUUGUGGUGUUAUUGCUAGUUGUCCUGAUGGCUUUUGGAGUGUGUCGGCAAAGCAUACUGUUUCCAAAUGAGGAACCACAUUGGAGAUUGGCAAGACAUAUAUUUUAUCAGCCAUACUUCAUGCUUUAUGGUGAAGUGUUUGCCGGAGACAUUGACCCCGAUUGUGGUGGCGAAGACCAAGUUCCUUGCCAUCCUGGACGUUGGAUCACUCCCACAGUUAUGUCCAUGUACCUCCUAGUGGCUAACAUCCUCCUCAUCAAUCUCCUCAUUGCUGUAUUUAAUAACAUUUUCACUUCAGUCAAUGCCAUCUCUCACCAAGUCUGGAUGUUUCAGCGAUUUCAGGUUGUGAUGGAAUUUGAAGAGAAGCCAGUGUUCCCACCUCCUCUUAUCAUUCUGUCUCACAUUCAUCGCGCCAUUAAGUAUUGCUUCAGACGAUGGAAAGGAAAGCCAUUCCUGUAUGAUAAUGGCCUCAAGUUAUUCCUCGAUGGUGAAAGUCUUGAGCGAGUACAUGACUUUGAAGAAGAGUGUGUGGAUGGCUAUAACAGAGAGAAGGAGCAGAAAGAACAGAUGAGUACAGAGGAACGAGUUCGAGUGAUGGCAGAGCGAUCAGAAUCACUGAUGCAGAGAGUGGAAGACAUGCAUGGCAAAUUUCUAGCAGCAAUGAGCUCCUUAAACAGCCUUGAUUUCCAUGUUAAGAGGCUGGAAGAAAUAGCAGAACAAACAAAAAAUAGUUAUGCUGUUGUCCAUCGUUUUAUGCUGAGCCAUGUUGGCAGACCAAGGAGAUCAAGCUCUCCCCGCUCAGGGUCUGCCAGUCCACGUUCUGAUGGGGGAACUCCGCGUUCUCUCUCUCAGACAAGUCUUCAUCAGUUAUUGGAAGAGGCUGAACGUCAGAUGCUAAGGAAACCUCUUCAGGAACCAGAAACUAGUGACAAAGAGCAGAGUGACACCACAGAUGCUGAGCAUGAGGCAGCAAAUAAAUUUUUGAAGUCCUCCCCAACUGCUCAAAGUUCAAGAGAACCUGGAAAACCAACCACAGUGGAUGAAGGAAUAGUGAGAGGCUUCAGUCUAGAUCCAGUCAAUAUUUCAGCAGAAGCAAGAAAAGUAAAAACACAGGGUCGACGCAAGACUAGAUUGGACUCUGAGUCAGGUAGUUCUCUGGGCCGUGCAUCUCGUGAGCGUAAGCUUUCUGGAGAAAGGAAGAGCAGUAUCCGUAAAUCUUCAAGGAAGGGCUCAGAUGGGGCAAGGGCAUUUAGCCCAUCUAGGGUAUGUUUCAUGGAUAUUAAUGUUGCAUUAGAAGAUUCUGAUUCUGGAGAUGUAGAUGCAAAAGAGAAAAAUCUCACUGAAGAAGAGGAGCAACCAAGGUAUGGUAGAUCAGUAUCCGUUCCAGAUGAGGCAGCAGUUCGCUCUCCAACCAGGUAUGAGAGGAGUCUUUCUUCUGUUUCAAGUCGACCAAGGAUUCAGGUGAUACCACCAUCAUCACCACCCCCUAUCUUUACUUUUACUAGUGAGUACACAAGUUUGGCCGAUGAGUUGGAGACAGCAUGCAUGGCUAGAUUGUCUCCACCUUCUUCUCCAAACCUCCAUUAUCCUCAUAGAAGUGAUCCCCAUUUAAGGCGACGGCACUUCUCAGAAUCUGCCAGUAUUUCCAUUACUAUCUGUCCUAAUCCUCUCCGUGAUGCUGAAGAAGCAGAUUAUCAACUUAUGGAAGGACUAAUUCAGAGAAGAAUGCAUAGAGAUUCAGAAAACUUGGCUGUUUCACUAGAGGACCUCUGCUCAGUACAAACAGACAUGUCUGACAAUGAAGAAGGAGUGACUCCAAUGCGUUCCCGCCGCGGUUCAAGAGCAGCAGAACUUCGAAAAAGACAUAGCACAAGUAGCCUUGACAAUGCCCCUUCACAACUACUAGUUGUGCCUGGGGCGGUUCAAAUGGCCACCUCUUACACAAUAUCCCCAACAACUCUUCAAGCUGCACUUCGAGGUGAAGAUGGUGUCCGGCUGGCAUCCUCAACACCUGGAACUCCAGGAGCACGUCGAUCUUCCCUGAGAGGAGAUCUGCAUCACCAGUGGGCUUCCUCAAGUGCUUUGCCAGCAUCUGGAGGAUGGCUGUCACCGAGAAUUCCCCGUCCACGAACUCCACCAUUCAUACAUCCUGAUAAUCCUGCAUCAUCCUCUGUUGAUGGUGAGGGUGCCAGAAAUGUUUCACAAGGUGAAGAACAUCCUCACAUGUCAACUCUACAAGUGCCAAGCAUUAGAGAAUCUGAAGGUAGGCCAAGGGACACAAUUACGGAAACAGAAUGUUAAAAUACAUGGCAUAUUCUGUGGAAAGGCUAGUCAAGAAAA